UUUAUUUUGACAACUUCGUGAACAAGCUAGUGUUGUUGGAUUUUCCGCGAACAUGGAGGCGAUUGUGUCAGAUGUAGUGGCACCAGAAGAUCUAAAGAGGUUUGAGAAGAAGUAUAAUGCAGAGCUGUUGAAAGGACCUGUUUCAAAGGAAACCACCUUUGAAUACGCCUGGUGUUUGAUCAGAAGCAAGUACACAAAUGAUAUUGUAAAAGGCAUUCAUCUUUUGGAAGAACUGGUUCAAGCGAGUAAAAAAGACGAUCAGAGAGAUUUUCUCUUCUACCUGGCUGUUGCAAACUACAGACUCAAGGAGUAUGAGAAAGCACUGAAGUACAUUCGUACUCUGCUGAAGACUGAACCAGGUAACAAACAGGCCCUGGAACUGGAGAAACUCAUCAACGAUGCGCUAAGAAAAGAUGGCUUGGUUGGCAUGGCGAUCGUUGGCGGUAUCGGAUUAGGUGUGGCCGGAUUGGCUGGUCUUAUUGGUUUGGCCGUGUCCAAAGGUGCAAAGUCCUAAUGUGACGUUUCUGAGAAGCGUACUUUGAUUCCUUUCCUGUUCAGAAAAGAGACUUAAUGAUUUCAUAAAAUCUUAUAAUCACAUAAAAACCAUAAGGAAGCCUAUCCCUUUUUUAUUUUGUAUUAUUCUGCCAUGCCUUUCAUAAUUACGCCAGCUCUUUUUGGUAUGUAUAGAAAUGUGGGGUUGGAAUAAACUAAAAACUAUGUUUUAUUUCUCUGUAAUCAUUAAAUUGUUUUAAUGCAGUUCAUCUACCGAUGAUUGCCAAAGAUUUGUCGUUAUGGAUGAGGUGUAUUGUAAUAGCAUGCACCUUUAAUAUAUAACUGCAUUUACACUAAUGGUAAUCAAUAUUUUGAUAACUUAAGUAAGACCUCACAUGUGUUAAAGAAUUAAAAUGUGUGUUUGCUAAAGUGUA